AGAGACCGCGCGAGCCGAUACAGCACGGCACAUUACAAUCGCGCGCGGUACCACCGAUAAAUUAUCGAUUCGCGAUCGGCGGCGGCGGCCGAGUGUCGCGACUCUAAUCUAAGCCCCGGUGAAAAUCCAGUUAUGCGUUGAUAAAAGAAGAAAACAAAAGCACGCAAUGCCCCGCGAGGUGAUUUUCCAAGAAGCGUACCGUUGCGUCGAUCGAAAAUCGUCGGGUGUACGGUAUAUGUUGCGCGCAUAUCAAUAAUGCAACGCGAGUAAUGGCCUUUUAGAACACAAUUACUCGGAUCUUACGCGAAGGCGUCGAAGCGAGUCGCCGAUCGCGGCUUUGCAGGUUUUCAGCGCGCGUUAUACGUAUACUUUAAUAAAUUUCAAAUUCAAAUCCGACGGAAACAAGCUUCCGCUCGCCGGUGUGGAAACACGCGGAGAUUCGAAAAGGACGGGCCCCCGGGGAGAAAAAGGCCGGGAUGCGGUGACGCACGCGGUCCUUCGGGCGGGCGUGAAAGGAAGCAGAUACGAGCGCGCUGCAAAUGACGUCGCUUUCCAAAUCGCUUCCGUUCUGCGGCAGCCGGGGGAUGCGCUACAUUUUAAUAGAAAUCUUUGACUCUUGCGUCAGCGGCGACACUUGAAGAUAUUGCGUCGUGACUCGCCGCGGGAGGGAAGUGUUGUGCUCGAAGUCACCAUUCGUUAGAACAUGAUCCUUGAAAGGCGCCUGCCAUUGCUCGUUCUCGCUCUCCGCCUCCUGUGCGCGCUCUGCGACGAUGGCGCGUCCACGUCGGAAGGGACGACGCUCGCCGCGCCGGCGGACCCGGUCUACGAGGGAAUCUUCCGACCUGCGGGGAAUAGCCUCGAGAAUUUCGACGAACCCGCCGUGGAACCCCUGACGACUGUUUCACAGCCGGCCACCGGUGACGACAAAUCCUCAUCGUCCACGACCGUCGAUCGUACUACGAGGUCUACUACUGCGCCCAACCAAGUGACUGCCAUCGAUAGUACGAUUGGUACGACGGUCUGCGACCCGACGUGGCCGAUAAACGCAAGCGCGGAUGCGAGGGAAGUAGUCAACUUGACGGCCGAGAUAGGCACAGAAUGGAUCGCUCUCUCGUGGGAAUCCCCGUGCAACGUGACGGACGUCCCGGUGAUAUACUCGGUCGAGAGAUGCGACGAUCGAAAUUGCACGCAGACAAACGAGACCGGUACCCGGCACAACGCCACCCAUCUCGAGCCGUGCGCGGGGUACGAGUUUAAGGUGAAAAUCCUUUUCGAGUCCUGGGAGUCUGCCGGAGCUGAUCUGUCAGCCACAACGGAUCACGCCAUUUCGGAAAUCGGGGACGUGGACUCCCUGAGCGCGCGCACCGUCAGCGUCAGCGCUGUCCAAUUGACCUGGCAGGCGCCCGCGACGCACGCGAAAUGCGUAUCCAGCUAUUCCAUUGCCCGGUGCAACGACAAGUCCUGCGACGAGACCACAGUUUCCGCCGCAGUCACGAACUACACCGCCAACAAUCUCGAGCCGUGCACCGAGUAUCACUUCACCGUCAAAACCGUGACGCCGUCCGUGGAGUCUGCCGGCGUAAACGAGACUGCGACGACGGCCUCGCCGAAAUUGUCGGCGCCGCAGUCCUUCCACGUAGAACCUGGCAAUUUUUCGCUGAUCGUGAAAUGGGAGCCGCCGGAGUCUGGCACAGCCUGCCUGAAGCAUUAUCGCGUAACUACGGAUUUCAAGUUCAGCGACAAUACUACGAACACGAGUAUGGUUAUUUCGGAUUUGCAUGCUUGCAAGAUGUAUCAGGUGUACAUCAACGCCGUGAACAAAGACGACGUAGAGGGAGAAAAGAUAGAUAAGAGCGCUACCACGCUUCGACACAUAACGAAUCCACCAAUCUCACAUGCUACUACGGGAGUAAUGCCGAGCGUCAGGAGUCUGUUUAUCAUCUGGACCAUCCAGAAAGAAAACAAUCAUUGCCCGCUGUCGUCCAUAAUAACUAUGUGCAAUUACACAGAAAGGCAGGGGAAAGGCUACGAGCCUGAUAAUCGCGUGAUCUCGAUGAAAAUAGAUCGCGAUACCGCUGCAGAUCCUACCGUAGACCUAAAUGUAACCGUAGACGGACUGACCCCUUUCACGAGUUACACUUGCUGGGCGCAUACCGUUAAUAGCGCAGGAUACAGUGACUUGAGCGACGGUGUCAAUGCCACAACGCUGCAGGACGUACCGUCUCCACCCAAGUUUUCAAUCGGAAACAUCACGGACUCACAAUUCUCUGUGUCUUGGGAAGAACCGGAUUAUUUGCCUGGUCAUUUAGAGGAAUUCGAAAUCAUAGUCGACUGGGUACUAUUGUAUCCGAUUCCAAAUUGGUGCCCUCGCGAAGAACAAGAUAACGAUCAUUCUAAAAAGUUCAAUACAAGCGGGAGCGUGUUUGAGUACGAUUAUCUCGAAGCAAAGGCAUUCACGAGCUACCAAGUGUGCAUGAGAGCGAGAACAGGGGCAGGAUGGGGCAACAGCAGCGAACCCAAAACAAUUUUCAGUAAUAGCGGAGUUCCAGGGGCAGUCUCGAAAUUCAAUUCCUCGUCCAUCAUAAUCAAAGAGAGUUCAAGUAAUGCGAACGUGUUAGAUACGAUUCUGACAUGGGGCUUUCCGUGUUCAUUAAACGGUAACCUCGACUUCUUUAACAUAUCGGGGCUUGGUACCAGAGACGAAUAUCUGCCCGAUUUUAUCUUCAGGAAGUCCCAAUGCGAUUACGUUAGCAACAAUUACAUGUGCUCGAUAAAUCUCGGCGAAUUGAAAGGAGAGUACAAUUAUAACUUUACGAUAUCCGCCAAAGUUAUGGAUGUCGAUACGCUCGGGCAGCCAGUUAGUGAAAACGUGCUAUAUCCUGCCGGCAUACCGCCGCAGCCUAAGGACGAAGACGUUAAAUCGAUCACCCUGGAUCCGUACAAGGUGCGCAGAUCUACAACAUCCGCUGCCGUUCUGCUGCCCAUAUUCCCUAAUACCAGCGGCGACAUCAAGUUCUACGCGAUCAUGGUGGCGAAGAUGGGACACAAUAGUGUACGGUCGCACACGAGGUUCGAUUUGGCCAGCAAGGACUGGCCCAACGCGUCCUCCUGGGAGGAAGCGAUGAUAGACGAUUUCACAAUCACGUAUCAAGCGACGUGGAAGCACUGGAAUCCUUAUCCGAACUACAUCGUUGAUUACGGGCACGUGAAAGCCGUCAAGUAUACGAUCGGCGAUGACAAUGACUGCAAGGAGAUUUCGUCCAAGAUGGACCGGGUGUACUGCAACGGGCCUCUUAAACCGGACACGUGGUACCACGUCAGAAUGAGGGCGUUUACAGACGGCGGCUACGCCGAUUCCGAGACAUUUAUGAUAAAAACGAACGCAGAACUGAAUGUCGCUCUCAUUGUCGGAGCUGUCGUCAGCAUUCUUUUCGUGGGGAUCGUCGUGACGAUGAUGCUGCUCGUGCGAAGAUGCUCGCCGUACAUAGUGUUUCGCCGAUUUCUUCACUCUGACAUGCCCGGCUCGCCCGUGCCCGCGCCGUUCACCAGGAAGAAGUUCAUCAGCCACUGUCAGCAGUUGGUGGACAAUCCUGGGAAACUGAGCAAUGAAUUUCGGCUGCUCCAGACACUCAGCGUCGACCUGCAGAUGCCCACGAAUACAGCCUGCCUGCAAGCCAACCGGAAGAAAAAUCGUUACUCCGAUAUUUUGCCCUAUGAUUUCUCAAGAGUGAAGCUCGAAGUGAUAGAUAACGACCCGAACACGGAUUAUAUCAACGCAUCGCUCAUAAAGGGAUACACGGGAGAAGAUGAAUACAUAGCCUGUCAAGGUCCGAAGGAGGAAACCACUUACGAUUUCUGGAGAAUGGUCAAUCAGUAUAACAUUAAUAUCAUAGUCAUGCUGACGCAGCUGGUUGAGAAGGGCAAAGAGAAAUGCCAUCAAUAUUAUCCGAAAAUAAGCGAGUCUUUCCGAUAUGAGAACAUGACGAUACGAUGUACGAGUGAAUUAGAUUUCAAGACGCACACCCAAAGAACGCUCGUAUUACAAAAGGAAAAUAAAAAAAGGACCAUUACUCAUCUGCACUUUAAAGACUGGCCCGAUCACGAUGUUCCAGAGGAUUUCGAUGCGAUGAUCAAUUUUUGCCAAAUAAUGCGCCGCAAUAUCACCGCUAAUAAAGGUUUUAUCGUCGUUCAUUGCAGUGCAGGAAUUGGCCGAACGGGAACAUUAAUAGCGAUAGAUAUUCUUCUGCAACAAAUUAGAGAUAAUAGGAAAUUAGAUGUAUUCGGAACUGUAUAUAGAUUGCGACAUCAUAGAAUAAAUAUGGUACAAAGAGAAAGCCAAUACGCUUAUAUAUAUAAUUGUAUAAAGCAAGUACUCAAGAAUCCUUAUUUCUUAAAAACUUACAAACCACCACCAGUUGAGCCAGUAUAUGAGAACACCUCUAUGAAAGCCAAAGAUACAACGAAUUCAGACACGAAUCUAGUCAACAAUAUUGAAAUAUUAAAGAAACACAACUCUGUAUCCAUGGAGUCUCUGGAAUCAAUCUCUUCCAAUUUCUCUCCUCGAUCAACUUCAAAAAGCAUAAUAAAUAGCGAUUUGAGGCAGUGCAAAUCAAUGGGUGCCAUAAAUGUAAAAACUCAUCACUUUGCUAUAGGAAAAUCCCGAACUCUGGAUUGUAUCUUUAAAUCACUGAGAGACUCGUCAUGCGAGCUAAAUAGAGAAACCUUAACGCAGGAGAGCCUUCCUUUAUUAACAUGUUUAAGAUCAGUUGAUAUACUUGGCGACAGCGCGCAACACGCUACAAACGAUAUAUGAGAGACGACUGAAUCAUAACUAUUAAUGUAUUAAGUUGACCAUCAAAUGGACAAAUAUUAGGUUCAAGUAUAAACUGUAAUUACAUGUAAAUAUAAUUCAAUGAAGAAUUGAUGUAUAUAUUUCAUUCACGUACUAUUUCUCAUAAAUAAUCACAAGCAUACAUGCCAUGUCAGAGUAUCGGGAUUGGGAAGCAACUCGCUACUUGUAACUGUAACCAGAUACUCUUAUAGAGUAACUUUCCAACCCUGUAGAAUAUAUUAUGUGAUACUACAUAUGCUUAUCAGCAUUAUUAUCUAACACACGCCUUAAAUAACCUCUAGUCCAACUAGAAAACAUUUUAUAUACCAGAGACGGAUAUUGUAACUAGAGCAUACGUUUAGAUACCGAUAAGACCAUUUUAUAAAAUUCUUCAAAAUAUAUGUAGUCUUGACAGAA